CUCUGUGGAGCAAGACGAGCGAGUUUCAGCGAUCCGAUCCUACACAGAAACAACGGCGGGUUCUUGCAUGCGGGAUGAAAGCCAGCAUUUUCACCCUGCUGCUCGUCCUGGGGCCUGCUUCGGGCAAAGAUUUCUGCGAAGAAAAAUUAAGGACGAGUGUGCAGGACGCAGUUCUACUAAAGAAUGGAACUCUUUUGACCCGCGAGAAUGACGCAUAUCCUGCCGGCACGUUUUGGAAAGACGAGGCAGAAGGGCACUGGUGGGUCUGUCCCUGCCUCUUGGGAAACUGCAUCAGAAUUUGCGACAAAGAAUUCGCAGAAGAAGUAAUUGAAAAUUCUAGUGGAUUUGAUCUCGUCACGCACUUUCUGUGGAAUGAAAUUACUGAGACAGACACGCCACCAAUUGAGUUCUUCAAACAAAUACGCCACGCAAAAUGUGAUGGUGUUUCCAACAUUUUAAUAAAAGAAGACGUCAGGAUCUUGGCGAGCGGAGAGAUGAGAUUGGAAAAUAAAAGGAAGCUAUAUGGUGCCGAGGAUUACUGUGUUCACCAAAUGGAAGGGAAAAACUCGAUACAUCUAAUGCUCUGCCUAGCCGAUCUAGAAGUGAAUUUUGAGGAAGAAGCGUCUCCAUUGUCUUCAAUGGAGAUAUUUUACAUUAUUUACAGGCUUGUUUUGCUGUUGAGCGCAAUUUUCCUGGUGUUGACCGUCGUGGCGUACACCCUCAGCCCGCAAAUUGAAUCGUUUCACAGAAAAAGCGUGAUUUUCUACGCAGCAUAUUACGCAGUGGGUUUCUUCGCCGUGACUGUCAGCACUAGUUAUUUUUCCGGGAAAAUUCUGGUAAAGGAGCAGUGCUUUUUAAUUGGAUACAUUGUCUUCUACUUGCAUCUCUCCCUCGUGUUUUGGCUCAACUCUAUGUGCAUCGACAUUUUCUCCGCUUAUAAAGGGGUCCUUCGCACGGGAAGUAACUACUUUGCAAAGUUUGUUGCAUAUUCGACUGGCUUACCAAUCCUAAUAGUGGCCGCGGCUCUGUAUUUCAACCGGAUCAACGAUGAGUACUCCAUUUUCAACCCAAAAAUGGGAGACGGACUAUGCUGGAUAAACGGCAAAGAGGCCACGUGGAUUUACUACUAUGUACCGAACUUGAUUUUGCUUUUGGCCAACCUCGGCUUGUUGUUCGCAACCUGCGAAAGAGGCAACCCCGUUCGCACCACGGAGCGAACCAACCAGACGGUGCCGCGGGAAAAGGAACGGCGCAGAACGUAUUUAAUACUGACCCUCUUGGCGGGUUACACGUUCAUCAUUGAAGUCAUCCCGAAUAUUUAUUACUUUACCAUCAUCAUGAGUUUGUUCGGUGCUUCGCAGGGAGUUUUAAUCUUUUUGCUCCUCGUGUGCGCUGACAAGUACGUGAGGAAGAGCUUGAGCAGCCGAUUUUUCAAAGGCCAGCCUGCUCAAAUAAUCUAAUUAACAUCUUGAGAAUUUUUGGGAAGGCUGACUGUUUUUUUUAUCAGUUGGUUUUUCAAUAAAUUUAUACGUUUGA